AUGACUAAAGGCCUCUCUGCAGCCAGCUGCAUUUCACAUCAAGGUUCAAGAUUUGCGUGGAUACCGGACGCUCUGUUGACGGACACGUUCAAUCGCUUUUGUCACCACAAGCGGUAUGGCAGCAGCGUGCCAGGCCCCUUGGAGGCACAACGCCGUGCUGCGAAACGCAAGAAUACGAGUUUGGCCCAUGCCAGUCUUGGAGGCAUCUCCACCGAUCCCUCGAUAGUCCUUGGGAGCUCUGCGAACAAGCUAGCUUGGUGGCAGUCUCUCAAGGACGCAGAAGCAGACUCAGUUUCUUCUCGAGUCCUGCCGCCAUGGCUUUUCCCCUUUGCGAGCUCAGUCGCCGACUCGAAGCCCAGCUCCGUCGCAAUCGAGACAAAUAGGACUCAGUUAGAGCCGAGAAAAAUAUCUGAACAGGAAACGAUGCGGCUGUGCCGAUGCGAAACUCUAACCGAGAUAAAGGACUGGAUUCAAGAAGAGGGCUUCAACUUGCGUGAAAAUGCUCAUGUCGGGGCGGCAAUACCAAGACACAUGCUACAAAUGGAUUUCGAGACACACGAGAUCGCGUCCUACAUUCGUGACCCAAUGUUUCAUCCGCCGGGGACGUCAUUUAUCUUGCAAUUAGCACACGGCUUGCUCGGCCGUACUUGGGACGCCGCCUCUUGGGGCGUCUUGCACGAUGCACUUUGUUCCGCUACUGAACUUGGGCUCCUCAACGUCAAUGAUCUUAAAGAGGUUAUUACCGAAUUGGUUAAUCUGGCUGAAGUGCAGCUGACGGACGCCAACGGGAGGCGAAAGAGGGUGAAGGAUAACGCCAAAAUGUACCUGAUCUACGGGAUGCUAGAAUCUCUAGAUCGCUCCACAGUCUUACGACUCACCGACCUUGGGAGCUCCUUUCUGUCCGGACUCUUCUCAAAUUUUGCGACACUUCGAUACUACCGCGGCUGGUGCCGAAAACUAUUGUGGCGUCUCCUGCCUUGGGCUCCGAAGUCUCAUGUUGCUGUCAUCCGCCGGAUUACACUAAAUCAGCUCCAGCAUAUCUGUCGACAUAAUCCUCACGAGAAAGUCGGGCAAAUGCUCGCAAAAAGGCUCGCAGUGGUCGACCCGGAAAUUCUAGAAGUGACCCUGAUUGAUAUAACGGAGAAAUUGCUGAGCAUGUCAAUGGAAUCCGGCACAAUGCUGUACAAGUACCUCUGGUACCACUGGUGUGGCACAUUGGCCGUUCUGGGAUCUCCAGCUUUCAAUGUCAGUCUGACACAGCGAGCAUGGACUUCUGCGCAAUCCGCCAAAAGCUCUCUAGCACAAGAUCAACGUUUAUUGGCAUUUGCCUGGACUACUAUGCAUCUCUGUCAAGACUGGCGAACGUCCGCAGACGCAUUGGAUCGACUGCAAUUCCUUGAUCACUUCGAAAAAUUGCUUAGGUCAAUACCGGAGUUUACUGAGGAUUUCCUGGAUCAUGCCGUCAUUGCGCUUAGUGACAUGACAUUGCCGAACAAACAUAUUCUCCUUCGAAAUCUUGCGAGGCUUUCUGUCAAAGCUGGGGCACUGCUUCCUGCGUUGGACGCCAGAUCUGCUGCCAAGUCAAUAUUGGAGCCGGGAAUAUCUCCUAGCUUGAUCGAUGAGCGCACUCAGAACGCCCAUUUUGAGGGUAACGAGGCGUUAGCGGAGCUGAUAGAGAGUUCCAACAACGAUCUCUCCGCCUUCAAGAUUUUGUCACGGAGGAUGAUCCAGAAAAGUACGGCUUCAUUCGGUUUUGUUUGCCAUCUUUUAGAGACCAACCCGCUUUUCAAGUUGGCUUUAAGAACACCUCAUGUUUUCUCUCAACGGCCGGGCGAUGUUGACAAGGGGACGUGGCGAGUGGGCACCGGUAUAUUUGCCGACCUUAGUACUCCUGGUGGUGAGAUUGAGACGGCUAUGUCUUCUAGAUCGGAACGUGCGCUGAACAACUCGAGCUUGCCAAGCAGAGACGAAGUAAUCGAUCUGAUCAGUCAUCUCGCACUCUCAUUUGCGUCAUCGACUGUUGCUACUCCUCGCGCUGCACUUCGUAGGGUUUACUGGUGCUAUCUCUUCCUGCGACGCUAUGGAGUACCUGUCCCACCUGCCAUUACUCGAGCGCUAUGGCAUGUCGGCGUCACACGAUACGGGGAUCAAGGUACAUCUGCGACACUUUUCAAGUGGAUUCUAUUGCAAGUGAGCCGGGCAGAAGGCGAGGCGGUGGCAAGCCUAUUGCUCUGGAAUGAGACAUUUCGUCAGAUGCGGCAAGAGCAGAUAGCCGCUUGGACCAAAAUCGACGAAGAUGAGGAAAAGAGAUUGCUUGCCGAUUUAGAAGCUGGUGCCGCAAACAACAAAGAGGACGAGGAGGAGCAGGCGGUGUUCAUGUCUGCCGCGUCUGGGUCUUCAGACAACGACCUCUUCAACAGCGAGGAAGCUACAGACCCAGAAUUGCUGAAGAAAAUCAUAUUCCUCAAGUCCGAGCCGCCGGACAAGCCGGUUUGGUUGCCAAGGGCACAAAGGAAACCCAAUUCUGAGGGAUGCUCGACGACAGAGGAGAAGAAGCAGCAGCAGGAGAUAUUACAGCGCAAGGCGGCCGAAGCACGCAAAGUAGCGAAUUUAUUGUUUCGAGAUUGA